AUGGAGAAUAAAAAGAGACAAAGAAGUGAAGAAAUGACAGAUUCACAAGCAAAGAAGAAGCAGAUCUUGGAUAAAGUGACAGAUCCUUCCUAUCUUUUACCUGUAUCAGCUUUAUUGACAGCAGAAGAAGAGGACUUUCGCGUAAUUGUGGGCACCUAUGAACGUUUGCUGUAUGGACUUAAUGUCAACUGGAUCCAAGAGAAAACCAAACUUAGAUUAGAACCCAUUUUUAUUAUUCCUGCUCACACCGGAUGUAUUCGUACUGUAUCCGUAGGUGGUCAUUUUCUAGCUUCAGGAAGUAGCGAUGAAAUUAUUCGAUUAUAUGAUGUGAAAAAGCGUAAAGAGUAUGGAUCACUGGGUGGUCAUCAUUCUGGAGACAUUACAGAUAUCAAAUUUCAUGGUAAAUAUAUGCUCUCUGCUAGUGAAGAUCACACAAUCAAUCUGUGGAGAACAAAGGACUGGGAAUAUCUAAAGACACUAAAAGGACACAAAGCCAAGGUCAAUUCAAUGGCUAUUCAUCCAACAGGUAAAAUUGCUCUGUCCGUGGGCACUGACAGAUGUGCUAUUGUUUGGAAUUUGAUGACGGGUAAAAAAGCAAGUAUAAAUAAAUUAGGAAGAGAUGAGGGAAUGAUUGUGUUGUGGAAUACGGCUGGAGAUAAAUAUGCCAUCAUGUUUGAUAAAAAGAUCAAUGUCUAUAAUGUAUCAGAUGCACAAGUAGCCACGACAAUGUCACAUACAUCUAAAUUCCAUACUAUUAAAUACUUUGCACUGAAUGAUGAAGAAUACCUUAUCAGUGGACAUGAAGACAAGAUAAUCCGUAUCUGGAAUUUAUCAGGAGAAUGUAUAAAGGAGAUCAAAGGACAUAAGCUCAGAGUGAAGGCAUUGACAGUGAUCAAGUGUGAUGAAAGGACAUUAUGUGCUUCAGCGUCAUCAGACGGUGUCAUCAAGUGUUGGGAUUUAGAGUCUAUUGUUAAAUCAGAAAGCAAGGAUGAAUUUGAGUGUUUGGGAGAAUAUGAUACCAAGUGCCGUAUUACGUGUAUUGAUGCUCAUAACAAGUUUUCUUAA